AUCCUGUCCAUAUUACCGCUUUUACAACUGCCCAAACUGCCCUGCAUGAGACGCCACUUUACAUUAGAUAUCAACAUCUGAAGCCCACAAGAUGGCACUUCUUGCAUUACCACAGGAACUCGAGGAUUGUAUUUUCGACUUCCUGGAUACCCGGGACUUUCGUCAACUUUGCCAAGUGAAUCAUUACCUGCAUGAGCACUACGAGAAAAGAGGAUAUCGAUCGAUUCAUCUGCAGACUCAUACGGAGAAGAGCUUCUACCCGAGCAGGCGACCGCCUCGUCUGCUUUGGACGCUCUUGCGACGCCCAGAUCUGAGGGCAUGUGUGCGAGAACUCAGUAUUGACUUUUCGGAUGAGCAGAAGGCGAACAUGAGCCUAGUGGAAGAUGUUGUACUCGGGAGAUCCAUGCCUGGAUUCUUGGAGGCAUAUAAUGAGCCACAGGAUGUACCACGCCUUUUGGAUGGACUUGACAGGGGCGCGUACAGCACAUGUGCCGUCCUAGUACUUAUCCUUGCGCAGAAUAUAACGCAUCUACAACUUAUGUCCCCCAGGUCGCCGGGGGUAUUAGGCUACGAAAUGGUAUCGAUGAGAAACAUGCUUCACGAUGUGAUCCAGUGGGAAACAAGAAUACAAAAGUAUCCUGCGAUAGAUGAACAACGAAUGUUCAGAUCACUCCGCCAUCUUUCUCUCAUCAAUCAGCAUAUCGUCCAGAACGGGUGGACUUCGCUUAUGGGCAUAAACACCAUCAAUAUGUCUCGCGGGGCAUAUUAUCAGGGUUUCUACCCGUGUUCUACUGUUCAAUCGAUCACACUCGGGCUUGACGUCACUGGGUUAAGCGCCAUGAGCAGGGCUCUUCGUCGAAGCAUGUCCAUUCCAGUCAUUCGACUCACAUCUAUAUGCGAAGGAGAACGUAACGGCAUGUGGGUGUACGUCCAAGAUUUCCUUCGCCUCUCGGCACCAGAGAAGAAGUUCCAUACCCUCAUUUUCGACGAUUCAUGCGAAGUCCCCGGCGCAAUCAAAGAUUCGACAGAAUUGCCACAGGACGCUCUCCCAAGCCUCUCUGACAGCCCUAAGUUUUACCUAGACUUCUCCGUUGGCUGCCCAAACCUCACUACUCUCGCCAUCCCACUCGAUGGCUUCCUCACUUUUCUUUGCGCCACCGCUUCCACUAACGACCAAAGGUCUAGCGCUGGGUUCCGCCUUCCACCCAAUCUCAAAUCACUGUGGAUCACAAACGUGACACUCAGUUCCGCAACGAUUGCUCACGAAUACAAGGCACAUAGUACUCUACAUGUGGUAAGAGCACUGACGACGCUAUGUCGAAGCUAUGGACGACCGGCAGCACUCUGUGAAGUCGCUGUAACGGUCAUAUUAUCCGAGCGCCAUCACCCUGACUCUGGAGAACAUAACGAAGAUGGUAUUUAUACGACAGGAGAGGUGGAAAUGUAAAUUUUGUAAUUAAGACAGGAGAUGAGUGGCGUAGAGUUGGCUUGUGAUGCAAUUUUUCACUGCUGCUUAAAAUCUUCAUUCAACAUGUUGAAAGUGCCAAUUGCAAGUAAGUUUCGGCUGUCAAAUAGCGU